AUGAUGUACCAACAGUCCCCCAUGCUGCUCGACGAUCCUGCUACGCGGGCUUCGAUGGUGUCUCUGUCGGAGGGUGGUUCAGAUUCUUUCAAGCGCAAGUGCAAGAUUAUCUGCACCAUGGGUCCUUGCUGCUGGGACGUUCCCAUGCUUGUGAAGCUCAUUGACGAAGGUCUGAACAUCGCCAGGUUGAACUUCUCUCACGGAGAUCACGAGGGCCACGGCGCAACCGUCGGGCGAGUCCGCGAGGCCUCCAAGCAGCGACCGGACAAGCCUGUGGCGAUCUUGCUCGACACCAAGGGCCCGGAAAUCCGAACGGGCUUCUUCAAGGAGAGCUUGGCCGGCGGAAAGAUUUCGUUGAAAGCUGGACAAGAUCUGAAACUCGUGAGCGACUACGACUUCAAGGGUGACGAGACUUGCAUCGCUUGCAGCUACAAGACCUUGCCAACGGCAGUCAAGCCCGGGCAAAUUAUUCUCGCUGCGGACGGAUCUUUGUCAUUGAAGGUGAAGAGUACGGGCUCUGAUCAUGUCGUCACCGAGGUUUUGAACGACAUCGCCAUUGGCGAGAAGAAGAACAUGAAUCUGCCUGGUGUGAAGGUCGAGCUGCCAGUGCUUCAGGAGAAGGAUAAGAAGGACCUCAUCGAGUUUGGCGUGCCGCAAGGCGUCGACUUUGUUGCAGCAUCUUUCGUUCAGGAUGCGGGGGAUGUCAAGCUUAUCCGGGACACCCUUGGAAUGCGCGGGCGUUCGGUCAAGAUCAUCUCGAAGAUUGAGAAUCAGGAAGGCAUCAACAACAUCGAUGAAAUCAUCGCUGCGAGCGAUGGAAUCAUGGUGGCUCGCGGUGACAUGGGCAUGGAAAUCGAUAUCGAGAAGGUUGGCCUCGUCCAGAAGAUGAUCAUCAUGAAGUGUAAUGCAGCUGGAAAAUUUGUUGUCACAGCUACACAGAUGCUGGACUCAAUGGAGCGUGCCCCUCGUCCAACACGCGCGGAAGCGACCGAUGUUCUCAAUGCAGUCCUGGACGGAACAGAUGUCGUGAUGCUUUCCGGCGAGACGGCCAACGGCAAGUUCCCUGAAGCAGCUGUUGCGACCAUGCGAAGAAUUUGCGAACAGGCAGAAUCGACGCUGGACUACAAGUCCCUAUACCUCAACAUGCGACAGCUUGUCCUGAAGCAGAAUAUGGGAAUGUCCGCAGUGGAGUCUGUCUGCUCCUCUGCAGUCAAGGCAUGCGUCGACUCCAAAUGCCCACUUAUCAUUGCCCUCAGUGAGACUGGAACAACGGCAAGGUUGAUUGCUAAGUACCGUCCGGAGGCUCCCAUCCUGUGCAUCACUGCUAGCGAGACCAACCUGCGGCAGCUGCUUGCCAUUCGCGGCGUCAUCCCUAUCCUCACCGCGUCCUUCCAGGGCACUGACUCCGUCAUAGCCAAAGCAUUGACGCGUGCAAAGGAGCACAACAUGGUGAAGUCUGGUGACAUCAUUGUGGCUGUACAUGGCCAGAAGGAAGAGUGUCCUGGAGCUUCGAACUUGAUGAAGAUGGUGACGGUUCCAUGCUACACGCUUGAAGACGUUGUGUCCAGAAGAACCGUGGCACUCAAGCUGUGGCAGGACAAGAACGCGAGUCAAGAUGCCACGGCCGAGUUCCAGAAGAUCGCUGGGGCCUACGAGGUGCUCUCAGAUUCUGAGCGUCGUAGCAUGUACGACACCACAGGCUGUGUUGACAGCGAGGAGUUAGAUGAUGAGGAGGGUCUGCUGCAUGCCGCGAACUUGUUCACCACUUUCUUUGGGGGUGGAAUGGCACAGGAUAUGGAUCCGGAGGAGCAGGUUCUGUUGGACGAGCUCCUGAGAAUGACUGGCGCCUUCAGCUUCAAGGCACACAGCUCAAGGCCGCGGCGCAAGGGCCGCGGCCGUAAAAAAGCUGCUGGCAUGUCGAUGGAGGAGGCCUUCUUGGCGGCUAUGUCAGGUAUGCCAUCCUGCGAAGUGACUUGUCCGUCAGGGCAUACACUCAAAAGGAAAAAGGCAGACGGAGGCUACGAAUGUGAUGUGUGCAGCAAGGACAUUCCCGACGGAAAGCGCUUCUUUGACUGCCGCAAGUGCGACUUCAGCAUGUGCAUUGCGUGCCACAAGAAAGCAGAAAGCAGUGCAAUGGCGGAGGAGGAGGAGGACGACACAGACGCAGAGGUCUUCGAAGCCUUCUGUGAAGCCAAUCUGCAUCCCGAACGGCAGGGCGGCAGGCUUGGGUUUCGUUGCGCUCUCUGCAGACUCCUUCUGGAUUCACAGGCGGAGGCUGCGGCUCACCUCGCAGAGGCUCACGCAGCAGAACUUGAGGCUGUCGCAAAUGAAGUUCGCUCUGAGCUUCGAAACGGUUAUGGCGGUCACGGCACAUCUUCUUCAGGAUAUGGUCGUCCGCCAGAUGACUUUGAAGCAAUGAUUUUCGGGGCUGCGAUGGAGGGCAUGCUGGGGGGAUUCGGUGACAUGCCCUCACCACCCAAGGCCGAAGCAAAGGCGACGAAGGCGACGGGCGAAGCAACCUCGGUGCCGCUCAGCGCGAAGUGUUGUACAGCGCGCGUUACGGACGAAACAAGGGGAAAGGCGGAUCUGGCGCUGCGUCUCCUUCUCAGUGCGAGAGAUCGCGAGAGCGUGGAGAAGUGGGAAGCAUUUGGCUUGGUGGACUUCCCCGAGAGAUCAGUGAGAGUGAGGUAUGGCACUGUCUCGGACAUCAACAUCAAGCAUUCCGACAGGGACACCUUCGUGUUCGUUACCUACGCCCGCCUAGAACAUGCUCAGGAUGCCAUCCAGGGACUUGAUCAAAGCAAGUCCUUUGGAUCUGGCAUCAUCAAGGCAGCUCCGGCUACUCGACGCGAGGGUGGCAAGGGUGACAAGCCACGAGCAUCUGAUCGGUCUGAGCGGUCUGAUCGGUGGGAGGAGACGCGACGAGAUGAUGAUAGACGUGGCUCCCGUGCUGACGAUGUAGAGCGCCGGGAUGGGAAGGGCAGAGACAAGGGCGGGCGCGACAGGGACUGGCCUUCCAGCGACCGUCGCGAUGCUCCUGAUCGUCGCCGGGAAGAUCCAUACACGGGCCGAGGAGAGAGGGACCGAGACGACCGUGGCAGAUACGACGAUCGCGAUCGAGGUAGCUACAGACCUGCGGACUACUAUGACCGCAGCAAAGAUCAGGGAAAGGGCCGAGGCUCAGGAUAUACGUACGAGGAGCGCGGCAUUAGCGAGGGUGGCCGAGGCUACGAUCGGCGUGACGACUAUGACCGGCGGCGUGGAUACGAGGAUCCACCUCGGCGAGACGACCGAGACAGACCCGACAGGGCGCCACCACCGCAGCGAGGCCGCGACGAUCGCAGAGUCCAGGAGCCCGUGGCGACAGUAGGGACGGUCGACGAGGCCGACAGUUUGACCGUGCAGAUGUUGCUGGUCGGAGAGAUGACCGAGGCUUGCGGGAAGAUCCCCCGCGGGGGGUUGGAGCGCGGGACACUCGAGAUGUCGGUCCGCGGCAUGACAGAGAUCCAAUUCCAGAGCGACGUGGAGCAUACAGACCGGCGGGUCCACCCAGAACCGACGACGGUCGACGAGCUUCACGUUCACCUCGAAGAGCUCCAGCCGUCUGGUGCUCAGAGCGAACGCGGAGCCAACGUUCGAGUAAAUAUAUCCAAUCUUCCUUUCGACAUGGAGGAGGCAGAGCUGAAGGACACUGCGUCUACGUACGGGAAGGUGUUGGCCUUGAGCGUUUUCGGCGAAGCAGACAAGCCAAAGCACGGUUGGGUUGAAUAUGCGACCCGGCGCGAAGCUGAAUACGCUGUGACCGAACUGGAUCAGAGGUGGAGCCAUACAGAUAUUAGCCCACAGUGGGUGCGACCAUUACUGGGGAGAGUGGCAACAAUUUUUGGACGUUGGUGUGGGCAAUUGGCCGAAGCCAGCGACGAAUUGAGCAUCCCUUGCCCGUGCAACCUUGUGCAACUGUGCGCUUUUCGUCACGGGCGGCGUUUCAUCAAAUGCUCUUAA